AUGAUCUCUUACAGUGGGAACAGACUGACUUUCCAGGAGACGGAUGAGGCUGGGAAUUAUACUGCAACCUAUGUUUACUCGGGAGAUGUCACUUCCUCUUCAAAGACACCAGGCCGAAUAGAUGUAAUAAGUUCCCCUUCAUCUACCUCAUGGUCUUCCAAGCUUCUACUCGGCUCGCUGAGUGAUGUUUUCCUUCCCUCCGGGUACCCUCAUAGUGUCAGCGAUGACUAUCUCCCAUAUCAAAUCUUUGACUCCCUUCAAGCCUUCUGCAGUUCAAUAGCUGGCCUGCUCUCCUCACGAGCCGUCCUCCAAGGAGUCGGCGUUGGCAACGCUAACGCCUCUCCAACCUCCGCACUACUCCUACAUAUCCUACAAGAUAUAUCAGGCCGCAUUGCAACAAUCUGCUUCGCCCACCGCAUCGGCACAGCCCUCGAACCAGAAUGUAAAACCUACCGACUAGCAGCAGAUGUCUUCAACGACAUCGCCAUGAUCCUCGACUGUCUCUCACCAGGCGUUCCCGCCGGGGCGCCACGAGUAAUUGUCCUCAGCACAGCCGGCGUCCUCAGAGCUCUCUGCGGCGUAGCCGGCGGUAGCUCGAAAGCGAGCCUGAGUGCCCAUUUCGCCAAAUGGGGAAAUCUAGCAGAACUCAACGCCAAAGACUCAUCCCAAGAAACCGUCAUUUCCCUCUUCGGCAUGCUAGUCGGCUCUGUAGUAAUCUCCCACAUAACCAGCUUCACAACAACCUGGCUACUCCUCCUGCUGCUGCUAUCCCUGCAUCUAAGCAUGAACUACGCCGCCGUCCGCGCAGUGCAAAUGACAAGUCUAAAUCGUCAACGCGCAAACAUCACCUUCUCAACCCUCCUAGACUCAGACAACACUCUGGCAGUGGCACUAAAUCCCGAUCUCGCACCAAUCCAAUCCAAAUCCCAAUCCCAAUCCAAAGAAUGGAAAAUCCUCACACCAGCACAAGUCUCAUCCCUCGAACAAAUCUUCCACCGAGACGGCGCGCUACAAUGGACACAACACUCACCUACACAUAUAACAAGCGACCACCUCGGUUCCGCACAGAUAGGUGUAUCAAUGUCUACAUUCCUAGCAAGCAUGUCAUACAAAGAACCCCUACCCCUCCCGCGUCUCGCAUCUGUCUUCGCGCACGAAUCGUAUAUACUAUUCCUCGCCCCGUCGGAUGGGAAAUGGGAUGCAUCUAUUCUUCUGAAACGGGGGUGUGGUGUUGGAGAUCAGUUGAAGGGGUGGGUUCAUGCGUUACUAGCUGCGAGGGUAUUGGGACGGAUUACGGGGUCUUCUGUUGAUGUUGUUCUUGCUGUUGUUGAGGGGACGCUUGCGUUGUUGAAUAGUGAGGGGAGGUUUGAGAGGUAUUUAGUUGAGUUGAGGGGGGUUGGGUGGGAUGUUGAUAUUGCGGCUUUGGAGACGAGGGGCGGGAGGAGGAUUCAUAUUUGA